AUGUCCGCACAAACUCUAAUAGGAGUAAGUCGUCGCAAUUCAUAUAAAAAUGCUUUUGCAUUUGCAAAUGUGACAUUAAAGUCUUUUCUACGGAACAAACCAACUUUCGAUUUGAGAUCAGAGUUACAGCAUUCUUCAGUGAAUCGAGGGUAUUCUACCUUAAACGUGUUGAAAAAUAAACGGUUCUCUUUUGAUACGCGUUUAUCAACUGGAUUAAAUACCUCGCAACAACUUUUUUUUAUUCGUACAUAUGCUAAGUUAGCACGAACAACAAAAGAAAACAUAACAGAGAAUGAAACAGAAACGCAAGAAUCUAAUGAAGAGGAUUCCUCUAUUAUAAACAAAGACGAAUAUGUUCCUUUACGGUUUGAUGAUAUUAGUUCAAUGUCAUCAAAUACAAAAAAAGCCUUACAAAAAGUGUUUAAAUAUCAUGAGAUGUCAAAAGUUCAGGACGCUGUAUUAUCAAAAUUACCAAUCGAGGGUGAUUUAUUUGUAAAGGCAAAGACUGGAACCGGCAAGACCUUGGCAUUUUUGAUACCAGCUAUAGAAACCAUAAUUCGUAACUCACAACCCGGAAAUAGAGGAGAAAUGGUUUCAGUAUUUAUUAUUUCCCCAACUCGCGAAUUAGCACAACAAAUAGCCAAUGAAGCGACUCGACUUUUAUCUUAUUAUAAUUAUAAAGUUCAUUGUUUAGUAGGCGGUGAGAGCAAAAGCGCUCAAGUCAAAAAAUUGUCGUAUCAAAGAGUAGAUUUUGUUGUAGGUACCCCAGGCAGAUUGUAUGAUCUAUUAACAAGCGUAUCAAAUUUUACAAAGCAAUGUAGAGGCGUAAAAACUUUAAUUCUUGAUGAAGCAGACCAGUUAUUAGAUAUGGGUUUUCGAGAAGAUAUUCAAAAUAUCGUGGAAUUUUUCCCAAAAGAUAGACAAACUUUUCUAUUUUCCGCAACGGUUUCUUCACAAAUUCGACAAAUAGCCAAAAUGUCUCUCAAGCCUGAUUACACAUUUAUUGAUACCGUUGAUCCAAAUGAUGUUAAUACGAACCUCCAAGUCAAACAAUCAUAUAUCAUAACCCCUUAUGAUUCGCAUCUCAACGUUAUUAGAAAUGUCAUGAAGGAACAUAAGAAAUCACAUAAAAAUGGAAAAAUAAUAAUGUUCUUAUCAACAAGAAUGGGAACCAUGCUUUAUGCCGAAUUUUUGAGAAAUCUAGGUGACAUAGAAGUUUAUGAGCUCCAUUCCGGUUUGUCACAAAACCAACGUUCCAGAGUAUCAGAGAGAUUCCGCAAAUCAAGAAAUAGUGCAGUUCUCGUUACUUCUGAUGUGUCAGCACGAGGUGUAGAUUACCCGGGGGUUACGAUGGUGCUUCAAGUUGGUGCGCCUUCUUCUCGGGAACAAUACAUUCAUCGUUUGGGGCGAACAGGCCGUGCAGGAAGAGAAGGUGAAGGAGUUCUUAUUCUGGCACCAUUCGAGAAAGGAUUCACAAAACUUAUUCAUAACCUACCAGUAAAAGAAGUAGACGGGCGAUCAUAUAUUCUUAAGGAUGAUGGUAUGAUCGAAAGAGCUCUUGAAGAGCUCGAUUAUGAUCAGAUUAGGAGUGCUAGUGCAGCCUUUCUAGGAUAUUAUUCAGGAAAAACAAGUACUUAUCUCAGAAAAGAUAAUUUAUUGCCAGCUGUUAAUGAAUUUUCAAAGUCUUUUGGACAAGACGUCCAAUUAAGUCUAUCUUUUUUGGAUAAGUUUGGGAUUGGUCAACCACGAGAAUAUCUUCAAGAAAUCAAAGUUUAUCUUACGGUAAAACACAACACAAAAGAGGAAGUAUUCGAAAUAGAUGGUAAAUAUCAAAUAUGUGACAGAAAUACAAAAUCCUUUGAUGCCGGAGAGAUUUCUUAA